AUGCAUGGUCUUUUACUCGCUGGGCUGCUGGCUCUUCCCUUGAAUGUGCUCGGCCACCCUGCCCAUACCAACGCUGGCAUCAGCCGCCGCACUAUUGAUAUCACUUCCUUCCGCCUCCCACAGACCGCCAAAUACACCAAGAGUGAUGCCGUUGUUGAUCAGGCUCAGAACAGCUUCACCGUCUCCAGCGUCGAGGGCGGCGACUAUGUUUCCACAGCCACCAACUUGGUGAAGAAGACCCUUCCAAAGGCCACCUUCCGCGUUGUUGAUGAUCACUAUACCGGCGACAGUGGCAUUAGCCAUGUCCACUUCCGUCAGACUGCCCAUGGAAUUGAUAUUGAUAACACCGACUUCAACGUCAACAUUGGCCGUGACGGUAAAGUCUUCUCAUUCGGAAACUCCUUUUACGAUAGAGAGAUUCCCAAGGCCGACCCAAUGGUUAAACGCGAUUUCUCUGACCCGGUCAACGCCCUGACUGGUGCUAUCAAAACCUUGAACCUCCCUGUCACAGCCAAGGCUGGUAGCGUCAAGGCCACCCCCCUUGAAGGCAAGGAGAACUUCAAGCUUGAGGGCACCACUGGAGCUCUCUCUGACCCCAAGGCCAAGCUUGUCUACGUCAAGAAGGACAACGGCCUUGCCCUUGCCUGGAAGGUCGAAACCGACAUCGGUGACAACUGGCUCCUCACAUACGUUGAUGCUAAGAAGAACGAGGAAGUCCACAAUGUCAUUGAUUACGUUGCGGCCGCUGAUUAUCAAGUCUAUCCUUGGGGUAUCAAUGAUCCAACCGAGGGAAACCGCACUUCUAUCUUCGACCCUUGGUUUAAGACCCGUUCUCGCAACUGGCACAUUGACGGCACUGGCUGGUACCCAACUACUCGUGGCAACAACGCUAUCGCACAGGAUAACCCAACUGGCGGCAGAGACUAUGAAAACAACUACCGCCCUAAGAACCCACUCUUUAUCUUCAAAUACCCAUACAGCUUGGCCAUGACUCCCCCAUCUUCCUACAAGGAUGCUGCUAUUACCCAGUUGUUCUACACCAGCAAUGUCUACCAUGAUCUUCUCUAUAUCCUUGGUUUCAACGAGAAGGCAGGAAACUUCCAGUUCAAUAACUACAACAAGGGUGGUGUAGGCAAUGACUUUACAAUCCUUAAUGCCCAGGAUGGCUCUGGUGUGAACAACGCCAACUUUGCUACUCCCCCAGAUGGCCAACCUGGCCGUAUGAGAAUGUACACCUGGAAUGCUUCCACUCCUGAGCGUGAUGGCUGUUUUGAAGCCGGCAUCGUUAUUCACGAGUAUACCCAUGGUGUCUCCAACCGUCUUACUGGUGGCCCCUCCAACACCCGUUGUUUGUCCACUCUUGAAGCUGGUGGUAUGGGUGAGGGCUGGAGUGACUUCUUCGCAACUGCCAUCCGCCUAAAGGCUCGUGACACUCACUCUACCGACUAUACCAUGGGAGAAUGGGCAUCAAACCGACCAGGUGGUAUCCGUAAGCAGCCAUAUUCGACCAACCUUCAAACCAACACAUUUAUGUAUGUGAAUGUUGAUGGGUUGACUUCUGUCCACGCCAUCGGCACGAUCUGGGCAACGAUGCUGUACGAGGUCCUCUGGAACCUCAUCGACAAGCACGGCAAGGGAGACAUCGGCAGGAUUCUACCAAACUUGAAGAACGGUGUCCCAACUGACGGCCGCAACCUCGCCAUGAAGCUGGUCCUAGAUGGAAUGGCCAUCCAACCUUGCGACCCCAACUUCGUCCAGGCUCGUGAUGCUAUCAUCGAUGCCGACAAGAACCUCACCAACGGCUCUAACAAGUGCGAGCUCUGGAAGGCAUUCGCCAAGCGUGGCCUUGGUGUUGAUGCUAAAUACGAUGCUACCACGCGAACUGGCAGCAACAAACUCCCCGAGGGCUGCUAA